AUGACACGAGCUGCAGCCCGAUCUGCUGCGCUGAGCGUAGUCUUUUUCGUGUUGCUUUCCUUGCUACAUGGAUCUGCGUUUGCCGAUCCCCCGCCUCCCCAAGUCUCGUUUUUUGUCGAGUUUGACAAUGUUGCCUCUUCGACGGUUACGAUCGCUUCCACGUACGCGUCAGCAACACCAUCAUCGACUCUUCCUCCAGUCGUUUCAUCCUUCUUUUUGGAGGUGUCCCCGUUCGUUUCUUCUGCUACCCCAUCGUCAGCGACCCCGACAGCAGCGCCUUCAUCGACGCUGCCGCCUGUGACCUCGUCGUUCUUCAUCGAGGUUUCUCCAUCUUCUUCGUCGGCCACUCCGUCGAUUACCCCUUCGUCGGCCACUGCUGAAGUUUCGUCGGCCACUCCUGAAGUUUCGUCGGCCACUCCUGAGGUUUCAUCGGCCACUCCUGAGGUUUCAUCGGCCACUCCUGGACCUUCGUCGACGCUCCCUGCUCCAAUCUCGUCGUUCUUCAUUGCAGUGUCGCCAUUCUCUUCGUCGGCUACUCCGUCGAUUACCCCUUCGUCGGCUACUCCUGAGGUUUCGUCUGCCACUCCUGAAGUUUCGUCGGCUACUCCUGAGGUUUCGUCUGCCACUGCUGAAGUUUCGUCUGCCACUCCUGAAGUUUCGUCGGCCACUCCUGAGGUUUCAUCGGCCACUCCUGAGGUUUCAUCGGCCACUCCUGGACCUUCGUCGACGCUCCCUGCUCCAGUCUCGUCGUUCUUCAUUACAGUGUCGCCAUUCUCUUCGUCGGCCACUCCGUCGGUCACCCCUUCGUCGGCCACGCCUGAUGCUUCGUCGGCCACGCCUGAUGCUUCGUCGGCCACUCCUGAUGCUUCGUCGGCCACUCCAUCGGUCACCCCUUCAUCGGCCACCCCUGGACCUUCGUCGACGCUCCCUGCUCCGAUCGCGUCGUUCUUCAUUGCAGUGUCGCCAUUCUCUUCGUCGGCUACUCCGUCGAUUACCCCUUCGUCGGCGACGCCUGAUGCUUCGUCGGCCACCGCAUCUUCCGCUACUCCGUCGAUUACUCCCAUCGAUCUUUGCGGCAAAAACGUGGUCGAUUACUUGGCUGGUACGCCUGACGCAUUCUCGCCCCUGGGCGGGUUUGUCCAGCCAGCUUCUGACGCCUUCUAUCCGGUCGAUGAUUCAGUUCAUUUCUUCACGCAAUACGCGCCCACCCCGACCGACCCGAUUACUCUGUCUUACACUUUCACCAGUGACUCUGCAGUGGUCAACAUGUACACGAUCCAAGCCAUGAUCGACAACUAUGGAUGCACUGGAACCCUCUCAGAGUGCGCCCAACAGUCACCCGGUGCCUGGACGUUCGAAGGCUGGAAUGGUGCAGCCUGGGUUGUUCUUGACUCGCAAGCUGGGCAAACCGCUUGGACCGCAGGCCAGACCCGCACCUUCGUUCUGUGCCAGCCCGUUGCCUACAAUGGCUACCGUCUGCACAUUACUGCCAAUGCCGGUUAUAUUACUUGCGAUGAUUAUCCGACGUGCUUCUCUCCGGACCCGGUGCGCAGCGGUGUUUCUUUGCAACAACUGACCCUCUAUCAAGAGUGUCCCACCAACUCGUUUGGCUGCUCAUCGAGCUCAAGCGCCACCCCUGUUGCCAGCUCUGCCACCCCUUCAUCGACGCGAUCGGUCGUUUCGUCUAUUUCCUCCACUCCCUCCAGCAACACCCCGAUCUCGAGCAACACUCCCUCCAGCAACACGCCCGUCUCGAGCAACACGCCCAUCUCGAGCAACACUGUCGUCGUGUCGACUACUCCCAGCUCCGUUUCGGAGACCUCCACUCGUAUCGUGAUCAGCACCACUCCUUCUGUCACCCCUGGCUCUGUGACCCCUGGCUCUGUCACACCUUCGUCGGCCACCCCUGGCUCUGUCACACCUUCGUCGGCCACUCCUGGUUCUGUCACCCCCGGCUCUGUCACGCCUUCGUCGGCCACUCCUGGUUCUGUCACCCCCGGCUCUGUCACGCCUGGCUCGGUUACCCCCAGCUCGGCCACCCCUGGUUCUGUCACCCCUGUCUCGGUCACCCCUAGCUCAGCCACUCCUGGCUCUGUCUCCGUCACCCCUGGCUCCGUCACCCCUGGCUCCGUCACCCCUAGCUCGGCCACUCCGGCAUCCGUUACUCCUUCGUCGGCGACGCCCUCUGUUACCCCUUCGUCUGCAACGCCUUCCGUCACUGGAGCCAUCACUUGCGGUGCCAACGUCGUUGACAUUUACCCUGGCGUUGCUUCAGUCGAGACGUACGACGAGCCUUAUGCUGAUCCAGAGCUCAUCUUCUUCAACGACGAGGAGAGUGUGCACUUCUGGACGUACUAUGCGCCUACUAUCGAGAACCCCGUGUACCUGGGAUACGCUUUUGACAGUGGAGUUGCCACAGCCGUGAACCAGUACACUAUUCAAGCGAUGCUCGAGAACACCGAGUGCUCUGGCACCUAUGCAGAGUGCGCUCAACAGAGCCCUGGCACUUGGACUUUUGAAGGUUUCGAUGGCUCCGCAUGGCACGUGCUCGACUCUCGUGCCAACGAAAUCAACUGGGGAAUUGGUGAAACUCGCACGUACUCUUUCUGCCAGCCCAACGAGUAUUACAGCUACCGCUUCAACAUUACCUCCAACGCCGGCUAUGUUGUUUGCUUCGAUCCUCCUACUUGCGAUAUUACGUCUCCUUUGACGUCCGGUGUCUCUGUUCAGCACAUCGAGCUCGUGCAACAGUGCCCCACGAGCGACACUUUCUGCGAGAGCUCCGCGUCUUCAUUCCCAUCGCCCACUUCCUCGAUCGGCACUGCCACUUUCUCGACCGGCACCCCGACUUUCUCGACCGGUACUGCCACCUUCUCGACCGGCACAGCCACGACCGGCACCCCCACUUUCUCGACUGGCACUCCGAGCGUUGUUGGCUCCGAAACUGCUUCAUCGUCGCGCCCCACCGUGUCGUCCGAGCGCCCUACCGUGUCGUCAACCCGAGUCAGCGUUUCCUCCGAGCGCCCCACCGUCUCGUCCGAGCGUCCCUCUGUGUCGUCAACCCGAAUUAGUGUCUCCUCAGAGCGCCCCACAGUUUCGUCCAGCCGCGUCACUGUUUCGUCCGAGCGCCCGACGGUUUCGUCCACUCGCAUCUCUGUUGCCUCGUCCUACCCUACUCCGACUGUUCCGUCGAGUUUGUUGCCGUCUGUCACCCCAUCUGCGUCUUCCCCGACCCCGACAGUCUCUUCGACGCUGCCUCCUCCGAUUUCGAGCUUCUUUAUCGAGAUCAACCCACACUCGUCGGCUACUCCAUCGGCUUCCGGUUCGCCCUCUCCGACGGUCUCGUCGACGCUGCCUCCUCCGAUUUCGAGCUUCUUCAUCGAGAUCAACCCGCACUCGUCGGCUACGCCAUCGGCCACUGGUUCGCCCUCUCCGACCGUCUCGUCGACGCUGCCUCCUCCGAUUUCGAGCUUCUUCAUCGAGAUCAACCCGCACUCGUCGGCUACGCCAUCGGCCACUGGUUCGCCCUCUCCUACCGUCUCGUCGACGCUGCCUCCUCCGAUUUCGAGCUUCUUCAUCGAGAUCAACCCGCACUCGUCGGUUACUCCGUCCGCCUCUGCGACCACCGCGACUGCUUCCGUGUCUGGCACUGCCGGCAUCCGUCCUCUGGUUGCUUGGAUUCCUAUUCCUACCCAACCGCUCGUGCUUGGCGUUGCCUGGUCCUUUGACGUGCCCGCCGACGCCUUCAGCAGCCCGGAUGCCACCGAGCCUCUCGUGUACGUUGCCACCCUGUCACCGUUGGCCGCGUUGCCAGACUAUCUGUCCUUCGAUACCGCUGGUCAGUUCGUGGGUCUCCCGCAAGAGUCUCUCGUCGCUCCUGGGCUUGUCACUCUGCGCUUGACGGCCUUUGACCAGUUUGGCCAGACCGCCAGCACCACCUUCCAGCUCGACAUUACUCAAUCGACCUUCGCGCCGAGCUUUGUGCUCCGAAUGGGCAUGGACUUCCCCUUCCCAGCUUUCGGGGCCUCCAAUUUCUUCCACCUCUUCGACGACCUUGCGGCGGCUACCGCCCCGCGCAACACCACGAGCUUCUGGCUGCGCAACGCCUUCUCGGGCUCCACUGUCGUCGAUUUCACGACCUUCAACAACGACCCCAGUGAAGGCUACAACCUGUACUCGACGCUUCUUGCCGGCGGUCUCGAGGGUCUUUCUGACAUUGUUGGCUACGAUGUCAUGUACAUGUACUUCCUCGACGGACCGACCACCGUCUCUCUUCCCGUCACGCCUUCUCCCUCAACGUCCGUUGAGACACCAACCACCGAGGUCGCCACGUCCACCGCAGUCACCGAGACCACCGGCACUCCGACCACUCAAGUGCCGACACCCACGACAGGUACUCCGACCACUGAGGUGCCCACCCCGACGACUGGCACACCAACAACCGCCGUGCCAUCUGAGACUACUGGCGCUCCUAGCACUGUUGUGCCCGGCUCGACCACCGCCGCCGUCAGCUCUGCCACCGCCGUCCCCACGUCUGGCGUUGCGCCUACCUCCACUGGUGCCGUCGUCUCGCCUUCGAGCGACAGCGUCGACCUUGUGGCCAUCCUUGUUCCGCUCUUCAUUCUGCUCUUCCUGUUGAUCGUUCUCAUCUACCUGGCUUGGCGCCGCAAGCGUCAGAUGGAGUACCGUCCUAUGGCCACGGACGCCCAAAUCCAGGCUGCAGCCCUCGCGAGCCUUGAGGCUGGCUACCGCCCAGCUGGUGGCAAGCAAGAGCCCGAGAUGCAACAAGUUGAGGAGGCCGAGUCGACUGGCUCCAGUGCCGGCUCCGGCGACACCUUGUUCAAGAAGGCCCGCACUCUGCCAAACUACCAGUACCCGCCCGCCUUCAGCGGAGCUCGCGUCGCCCCGCCGGUUGUCCCAGCACCAUCUACUCAGCGCGAAGCCCCAGUCGAGCCUGCAGUUGAUGUCGCAGCUGCCGCUGGUGCCGCUGGUGCCGCCGCGGGCCGCACGCGCACCCUGCCACCGUAUGCCGAGCCCCCAGCGUUUGUUGCUGGCGCUGGACGCACUCGUGCCCUGCCGGCUUAUCAGGAGCCUCCGCCGUUCACUGACGAUGCCAGCGCAAGAGGCGCUGCCCGUCCAUCGCGCACGCUGCCUGCUUAUGCCCCUCCUCCGGCGUACGAUGACCAAAUGCGUCAAUCUAGCGAUUUUGCAUAA